UCAUUGUAAAAUCCUUUUAAAAUAUUAAAUUUCGCUCGAAAAUAAGUAAAUUUAUUUCAAUUUACAGUCAAAAUCUUGUAGAUCAAGUGAAGAUCCUUAGUUUUAUGUACGAGAACGCAAAUUUUAAGUGAAAUUAAAACUAAAAACGACAAAAAUGGAAGAUUUAUCACUUGGACGACAACUUUUCGCCCAACAACAAAAAGGAAAAUUCACUGAUUGUUCAUUUCUGUUCAAAAUCAAAGCCGACAAUGGCGAAGUCCAAGAAAAGGUUAUUCACGCUCACAAACUGAUCCUUUCCGUGGCUUCAAACUACUUUGAAACCCAUUUUAAGCGUCAAUGGAGCAACAAUGAGCCCAUUUUAAUCGAAACUGUUGAAUUUUCUCUCUUUGAAAAGUUAAUUCGAGCCAUUUACUUGAACGUAACGCAUUUCGAUAGUUUGAAGGAAGCUGCAGAUCUGUACGAAGCUGCUCAUUUUUACGAAAUGGAAACGGUUCUUGAAUUGUUGCGACGUGACAUCAAAAGAUUUUUACAAGCAGAGAAGGAUUUUCGCAUUUCAUCUAUUGGAAAUAUCGCAUGGAAGUACAAUGACAUCAAGUUGACACAUUGUACGGCAAAUUUCAUGAUCGAAUACGCAAAUAGAGUCAACAACGACCCGGAUUUCGUAAAUCUUACGCCUGAAUUUGUCAUACCGCUGUUCAUUUGUUUUUGUCUCAAGUUUUUCGACAAAUUUCCACAAGAUAAGCUGCAAAAUAUGAUGUCAAAAUGUCUUUGAAUGUUCAAAAUCUUCGAUUUAACGAGGUUAAAUUCAAAUUAUCUCAACUACUGAGAUUUUCCAAGAGUUCAUAAUGAGUACUAAUUAAUGAGUACUAAUUCAUAGCUGAAUAGAAUUAAUGACAGACCUAAAAUCGGUCAAAAUCGACAAAAAACUGAAUUUUAAGAAAUAAUGCACAAAUUUAGAUGCAUCGAAACUAAUGUAAAAUUUAAUAUUCAAUAAAGAAAAGUCAUUCC